GAUGGGAAAGGCUACAAGAAGCUUAAUAAUAUUAAUAUUAUUGCUGAUAUCGGUGUGUUCUUUAACUCUAAACGUUUUGUUGAUUAUAUUCAAGAGAGUGAGAGUUUUUGAUGAUGAUGAGCUGAGUUGGAGCAGAAGGGCUGCAAAGGAAGCUGAGAGAGUGGCAGCCAUCUCAUGCUCCGGCCAUGGAAGAGCCUACAUGGAUAGUAGCUUGGUCGUUGAUGAACAACCUGUUUGUGAGUGCAAUUCUUGCUACGCUGGCUCUCACUGUCAAAAACUCCUUCCUUCUUGUCCUGCAAAUGCUGAUGGUGGAGAUCCAUUAUUCUUGGAGCCAUUUUGGAUGGAAAAUGCAGGCAGCAGUGCAAUCUUGGUGGCUGGUUGGCACAGAAUGAGCUACACCUUCAACCAAUCAAGUUUCAUGUCCAAACAGCUCGAAGCUCGAAUUCGCCAAAUGCAUGCCAUUGUUGGAAAUGCAGUGACUGAGGGAAAGUACAUUAUUUUUGGUACUGGCUCAUCACAACUUGUCAAUGCUGCUAUUCAUGCCCUUUCACCUCAUAAUUCAUCUUCUCCUUCUAUAGUUGUACCUUUAAUCCCUUAUUACCCGCUUUACAAACUACAAACAGAGUAUUUUCAAGAGGUGGAUUACAAGUUUGAAGAGGAUGAAUCUUUGUGGAUGAACAAGAUGAACAGCUACUCUAAUGAUAAUACUACCACCACUCUAAUUGAAAUAGUAACUUCACCAAACAAUCCUGACGGGCAACUCAAUCGUGCUCGUCUUCAACACCCAAAUGCCAAAGCCAUAUACGAUCGAGUCUAUUAUUGGCCACAUUUCACUGCAAUUUCAGCUCCGGCUGAUGAUGAUAUCAUGCUCUUUUCACUUUCCAAGCUAACUGGUCAUGCAGGCAGCAGAUUAGGUUGGGCAGUGGUGAAGGAUGAGACUGUGUUCACAAGAAUGAGUGGAUAUAUGAGUUUGAACACCAUGGGAGUUUCACACGAGUCUCAGCUAAGAGCUCUACAUCUUAUGAAAGUAAUUAUUGAAAGGAAAGAAGGAGAGACAAUAUUUGAUUUUGGAUAUAAAACAAUGAGAAAUCGUUGGGAAAAAUUGAAUGAUAUCAUAUCACUCUCGAAACGCUUUUCUCUUCAAAAAUUAGAAUCUCAAUACUGUAAUUUCUUCAACAAAAUUAGGGGACCAUCACCAGCUUAUGCAUGGUUGAAGUGCCUAAGAAAAGAAGAAGAAAAAGACUGCUCUGCAGUUCUCACUGCAGCAAAUAUAAAUGGCCGCAGAGGAAGCACUUAUGGCGAUGAAGACAAGUAUGUACGACUUAGCCUUGUACGGACCCAGGAUGACUUUGAUAAUCUACUCAGCCGAGUCAAGAUUUUAAUCUCAGAAGAAGACAGUGCUAAAUCUAUUUGACUCUUCUGUUUAUCUUUAGUAUAUACACAAAUCAAGAAAGAUCAUACCUUGUGAUCUGUCAAAAGGACCAAUAACUUGGGUCUCAGUUGAACUUGGAUUCAUCAUUAAAACUCUUUAAUUUGAUAUUGUUUUAGAAUUUGAAAACAAAUUAAUUGUAAAGCAUGU